AUGUCAAAUCAACCAGAGCCAUGGACCUAUGUUGGUCCUUUAUCCUCAUUCCCUGAUAUUAGCCAAGUCAAUGAAAAAUGUCAUGUGCUGCCCGCAUGCAAGACUUUGAGUGUUCCCAGGCCAGAGGCAGAGAGCGCCGAGGAAUCCAAAUCAAGGAUGAAUCGCUUAUCAGAUCUAAACGAUCAAGUCCUCGUAUUCAAAUACAAAGGGUUUCUUCAUGCAAUCGAUAAUCAAUGUCCACAUUCAGCGUUCCCGUUGAAACAAGGGAAUGUUUUUGAUAUUGAAGAUCUUGGAUCUGCCGGUAUUCGGUGCUUUAGACAUGGGUGGAAAUUUGAUCUGUUCAGUGGGAAGGCUGAUAGGGGUCCAUAUAAUCUUAAUCUUUGGGAUAUCGAGCUACGGGAUCCAUCCAAGGUUAUGAUUGAUGGACACGAUGGGAAGGUUGAUAAAGACGUUUGGGUUAGAAGAGCUAUAAAAACAUAA